AUGGCCUCGACAAGCAGCGCCGCCUACGACGCUCAUGGUUCCAGCGGCACCCAGCCAAAGCCGGGAUAUGACGAGCAGCAGUUUCCAGCCUUCAAGCCAAGUUUUCUCGAGCGCGUUGGCAUCGGCGGCUUCAGGCUGCUGAACAAGGUCAUCCCUUGGUACAAACUCCCCGGCUUCAUUGGCGCCUUCAACCUCGCCUUCCUGCGCAUCGAGCUGCGGCAGUACAACCUGUACGAUGGCUACGCCUCGGCAGAAGCCCAGGGAAACUCGAGCGAGACGCCCCUGCCAGACGAGCGCUACCGCAGAGCCCGGCACUCGGACGGCAAGUUCAAUUCCCUUGAACGGCCUAACAUGGGCUGCAGAGGCAUGCGUUUCGGCCACAAUUUUCCUAGAAAUCUGACGGCGAAGCCAACCGAAGAGGAGCUCUGGACGCCCAACCCGCGUUUGAUCAGCGACAGGUUCAUGGCUCGCCGCGAUGGACGCUUCAUUCCCGCCACGACGCUGAACAUGCUGGCUGCGGCAUGGAUUCAGUUUCAGAUCCACGACUGGUUCAACCAUGUACAGAGCGAAGAGAAGUUCAACGUCCCCCUCCCCGAGGGCGGCGAACCGUGGCCGCACCCGCAUAUGGAGCUCUUCCGCACCAAGCCGGAUGAGAUCCGCGACCCGUCCGACCUCAAGUGCCCCGGCUACAACAAUGAGAACACGGCCUGGUGGGACGGCUCGCAGAUCUACGGCUCCAGCGAGGAGAUCACCCGGAAGCUGCGGACCAAACUCCCAGGCGGCAAACUGGAGCUCGAUGCGGUCGGCACCGUGUCGUUCCUCCCGCGGGACAAGGACGGCAAUCCCCUGACGGGCUUCCACAACAACUGGUGGAUUGGAUUGGAGAUGCUGCACACCUUGUUUGCCAUGGAGCACAACGCCAUCUGCGACGCCCUGAAGGCAGCGUAUCCGGAUAUGACUGGUGAGAUGCUGAGGUUUCCCAGCGACCAAAUCUUCGACAAGGCCCGCCUCGUCAACUCGGCGCUGAUGGCCAAGAUCCACACCGUCGAAUGGACGCCCGCCAUCCUCGCGCAUCCGGCGCUGCAGAUCGGAAUGGCGGCCAACUGGUGGGGCAUCGUCGGCGAGAAGCUGACCAAGAUGCUCGGCCGCAUCUCCAAGAGCAGCGAGAUCAUCAGCGGCAUCCCUGGGAGCGGCGCCGAGCAGGACGGCGCGCCAUACUCGCUGACUGAGGAGUUUGUGAGCGUGUACCGGAUGCAUUCGCUGAUCCCAGACAACAUCGCCUUCUUCUCCGCCACCUCAGGCAAGCACAUCGAGACCAUUCCCGUGGCAGACAUGACAUUUGACAACGCACAAAUCCCCCUCCGCCAAAACCUCUUCACCCUCCCGGACGCCUUCUACUCCUUCGGCAUCAACUACCCUGGCGCCAUAACCAACAACAACUACCCCUCCUUCCUCCGCAACCUCCCCACCCCCGACGGCCAGACGCGCGACCUAGGGACAGUCGACAUCCUCCGCGACCGUGAGCGCGGCGUGCCGCGGUACUGCACCUUCCGUCGGCACCUGCGCAUGUCAGUCCCCAGGACCUUUGAGGAACUGACCGGCGGCAAUACCGUGCUCGCCGCCGAGCUGCGCGAAGCGUACAACGGGGAUAUCGAGCUGGUCGAUGCGCUGGUGGGAUCCCACUCGGAGCCAGUGAUACCUGGGUUUGGGUUCAGCGAGACGGCGUUUAGAAUUUUCAUCCUCAUGGCUUCCAGAAGGUUGAAGAGUGAUCGGUUUAUUGCGGGCCAUGGGGAGUGGAGCGAGGGGACGUAUACUAAGGUUGGGUUCCGGUGGGUGCAGGAUAGUGGGAUGAAGGAUGUGUUGGGGAGACAUUUCCCUGAGUUGAGGGUGUUGUUGGAGAAGAGUGGAGGGAGGAAUGUGUUUGCGCCGUGGUUGAAGCUGAAGGAGAGUGAGAAGUAUCAAGGUGUGGAGACGAAUGCGUCGGCGUGA